AGACAGUCCAAGCGUUGAUUUAAUUUUACAGUAUAGUUACUGCUCAGACGCUUCAGCGAAAGAGAGGAUAAAACGGAAUGGCCUUUCCUGACAUCAUGGAGGAUGACCUAAAUGAAUUGAUGUGUGAGGAGGCAGAGGAUGUCUUUGAUGAUGACGGAGUGUCCUCCCGCUUCCCAGACAUCAUGGCUGCUGGCACUCACUCUCCUGGAGGGCCCAAUGGCAUCAUCAGGAGCCAGUCGUUCGCCGGCUUCAGCACCCUGCAGGAGAGACGCUCACGGUGUAACUCCUUCAUGGGGAACUCAGCAGUGCAGAAGAAGCCCAUCUCAAAGCCCAGGAAGCCCCAUCUGUCCGGGCACAAGUCCAGCAGCAGCAGCAGCUCACGAGAGCCGCAGCCCAAAAGAGUGGAAGAAGUUUACGGAGCCCUCAAACAAGGCCUGGAUGAAUAUCUAGAGGUGCACCAAACAGAGCUGGAUAAACUCACAUCCCUCAUGAAAGACAUGAAGAGGAACUCCAGACUGGGUGUGCUGUAUGAUCUGGACAAGCAAAUCAAGACCAUAGAGCGAUACAUGCGAAGACUGGAGUUCCACAUCAGCAAGGUCGACGAGCUGUACGAGGGCUUUUGUAUUCAGAGAAGGUUGCGUGAUGGCGCCAGUAAGAUGAAACAGGCCUUCACUGCUUCACCCUCCACUAAAGGCACACGUGAGAGCCUGGCGGAGGUCAACCGCAGAUACAAAGAGUAUACAGAGAACAUGAGCACUUUUGAGGCCGAGCUGGAGAACCUGUUGGGGGAGUUUCAUAUCAAAAUGAAAGGAUUGGCUGGUUUUGCCAGGCUUUGUCCCGGCGAUCAGUAUGAGAUUUUCAUGCGAUACGGCCGACAGCGGUGGAAACUGAAGGGGAAGAUCGAAACGAACUCCAAGCAGAGUUGGGAUGGAGAAGAGAUGAUCUUCAUGCCCCUCAUUACAGACCUCAUCAACAUCAAGGUGACAGAGUUAAAGGGGUUGGCCACUCACAUCUUGGUGGGUAGUGUGAUCUGUGAAACCAAGGACUUGUUCACCGCUAUGCCUCAGGUGGUAGCAGUAGAUGUCAACGACCUGGGAACCAUUAAACUUAACCUGGAGGUUGCCUGGUUUCCAUUUGAUGUAGAGGAUCUGACACUGUCCUCAGGAAACGUGAGUAAAGCCACCGCCCUUCAGAGACGAGUUUCAGUGUACAGCCAAGGCACACCCGAGACGCCCACUUUCCAGGACACGUCUUUCUUUAAGUGGCAUCCUCGGAGGUGGGAGGGUCAGCGUCUCUCAUUCUUGCACACGCUCCGAGAGACGCUCUUAGAGAAACUCAGACGCAGUCGCUCUUUUGGCGAUCUGGCUGCGCUGAGACCUCGCUCAAGGUCCAGUCUGGAGGUCUACUCCAUUUUACCAGAUGAUGUCUUUGAGAACGGAGGCUGCGGUGUGGCCGAAUGCAAGCGCCUGUCCUUCACCUUCUCUGACACGCCCACCUCAAGCCGCGCCCCCAUCCAGUCAAACCCUGAGAUCACCGUCACGCCCCCUGAGACAAACCCUCCCUCUGAGCCGGCUCCAGCCUCUGAGGACCAGCCGGUUGAGGAGGAGUGUGUGGAGGAAGACUGCGGCAGUGUCAGCGAUCCAGACCUGGAGUGGGACCAGGCUGAGGCCCAGGGGCAUGGCACAGGCUCAGCGGCCCACUCGCUGUGCUACGAGAGUCAGCUGUCUGCGGUGGGACCCGAGGAUGUGGUGUUCUUGGAGCCCAACAUGCCUGAUGAAGCCCUGGAGCUGAAGCCGGUGGAGCUGGAUGGGGAGGAAGGCAGUCUGACCAGGCAGCUGGUGAGAAGGCUCACCUCCUCUGACAUGCUGCCCGAGGCCAGCACUGUGAGCUGGUCUGGAGAGAGCAGCAGGACCUUCCAGGAGAGCAGCCUGGAGGAGGCCAUUCAGUCCCUGCUCCUGCGGCUGGAGAGCUUUGGCCAGCGCUGUGGGGAGCUGCAGGACUUGGAGCAGGAGGUCAUGAGACUCGAAGACAUGCUUAAGUGUCGGGUACCUGCUCAUAGGAGCCGUUCAUCCAGCCUCAGUUUGACAGUGGAGAGCGCUCUGGAAAGUUUCGACUUCCUCAACACCUCUGACUUUGAUGACGAUGACACAGGAGAUGAUGCUGCCACCCUCUCACGCACUGUCUUCUUUGACAUGGAGUCAGAGAGAAUUGGGUCAGGCCAACAUCCAGAAGCAAGAGGCCACCUGAGUGAAGCCCUCACAGAGGACACUGGUAUGGGGAACAGUGUGGCCGGCAGCCCGUUGCCUCUCACCACAGGAAACGAGAACCUAGAUGUGGCCAUUGUUGUUCAUCUACAAUACUGCAGUCAUCUCAUUCAGUUGUUGACCUCAGGAGGAAGCCACUCGCAGCACAAGACAUACCUGCACAAACUAACAACUCAAACUCUUCUGUUGGAGGAUCUCAGUGAGAAAAUCUUUGACAGACCGGGCAGCUGUAUUUUAGUGUCUGAUGAAUCUGGUCUGUUUGUUUGUCUUCAACAGGCUGUUGAUUGUUACACACAAGCCUUAUCAGAAGUAGACAGAUCAAGAGAUGCAUGUGCCGCUCUGAGCUGCCUGCAGGCUGUGGAGAGCAUUGAUGCUGUGGUGUUACUGUGUGAGUCAGCAGAUGAAGAUCUCUGCCAGAUUGCCAUAGAAACCCUCCUCACUUUCGGUGAAGACGGGCGGCUGGCAUACGAGCAGUUGGACACAGUGCCGAGGGAAAUGGUGCGGCUGGGGACUCGCCGCGGUAACGCUGUUACCACUUCAUUUUAGAAAAACGACUCGUUAUCCCUCCUGUGACCCUGCACACUUCAGACGUGAAAUACACACCACCUGCUAACAAGGGGAAAGUGAAGCUUGGUCUUCGAUUUAGGCCCAUAUCUUGAGACCUUCAUCACAGACUCUCCUUUUCUGCAGGAUGUUUGCUUCUCGUGUCACAGUGUUGCUGAUUGAACAAUAAGAGUGUUAUUAUUGGAAGUUAGUUAUUUGCAGAUUGCAGUUGCACUGUUGGAGGCGUGUAAAUAGAAAGCAAAUCCUAUUUUAAUGUUGUCCUGGGAUUUUUUGUUUUCCUCUGUACGUGCCGUUCUGUUUCAGGGAUUAUAAGGGACUGUUUUAAUGCUCCCUGCUUGAGUUUUUUUGAUCUGGACAGACUGGGAAAGGAAAGAUUUUGUGCGCUGUUUGGACCCAGCCGGUUGUAUGGACUACUGAAAAAACCGGUGUGGAUGGUGCACUGCUGAUUUACUGCGCUUGCUUGCCUUCACUGGUCAGAAGAAAAUAUUUCUAUGGACGAAGCCUGUAGUGAACACUUGCAUUAACUUGGUAUAAUGCCUGAGCGCAUGGGAUCUUACAACAAGCGCUGUUUGGAGCCCGUCAGAGUAUCUGAAAAAGCACUUUUACACUAUAUUCAGUCAGAGAAGCGUCAUGUAUUACUGUGAGUUUUUGGUUUGUACGUAAAUGAAGACUGAAAGUAUAUUUUGCUCUGUGAUCCAAACUCGCUUCUGUGCCUAUUGUUACUGUACUACUGUGUCAUGUGACUGUAAUAUCAUUUGUUUUAUUUAUUUUUUAACAGAUUGUUUUAACGAUGUACUAAACAUCAGUUCACAAUAUGAUUAGGUACAGUCAGGAUUUGGUAUUAUUGAGGGGCUAUUCACUAUGACUUUUGUUUUAAUAUAUACAGUAUAUAUAGUUGGCAUUUUACAUAUAGAAAGAUGUUUUAUUGAUCAGUAUCAUCUUUUAACAGUGUAUUCAUGGAGUUAUACAGUAUUUGUGCUCAAGGGAACCUUUCCUAAAUGUCUUUUCGGUAUGCUAAUACACCCGACCUGAGAAAACGCUCUUUGGUAACCGAACGCUUGCCUCACUUUGACACGUUUACACACCCUGUGUCGAUCUUUAAAGCUCUCAAAUGUGAAUUUACGCUUAUGGCGGCAAUUAAAACGCAGUUUUGUAGAUCACCCGACCUAUUUUUGCAAUAUUUUCUAUGACAUUGAGAAUUGUACGGAAGCAGGGGCUUAAAUCUAUCAAAGGAGCACAUUUCGAGGAAUGUACCGAGUACAGAAAGGUUACUGAAGUAUAUGCC